GACUGAAAGGUUGUUUAUACGACGUCAAACCCCAGUCAUACAUACAUAUUUACACACCUGGGUUCGGUGAAGGUCUACGUAAAGUUGUGUUCAAGGAACGUAACUCUGAAAGACAUUUAUUAAUGUAGAUUAGAGCGAGGCAACUUUAGAAUGCUUGACCGGAAGUCACUGGGCUAAAACAUCGGCUGCUUUUCGUUGUGUUGACAGUUUGAUGAUGGCCACCUUACACAACAGAAUACUUGGAUUGAGAUGAAAGGCAUAUUAUGUUAGCAAGAACUAUUUAUUUCAGACAUUUGAAUAUGGUGAUCGGUGUUGGUGGGUAUACCUGCUCUAUGCGCACACUGACAUCUGGACAAACAGCUACAGCUUUACGACCAUUCCUGUUUGCUGUUCACCCAGACCUCUUUGGACAGCAUCCAAGAAAACGGGCAGUGAAUGAAGAUUCCUUGAAGAAGCUGAAUGAGUAUGUGACAGCCCUUCAGGCAGGAAGACCGGUUAAGCCAGUGGAGGUUACGUUCCAUGUCAGAGCCUCUUCCGAGGAGGAUGAAACAGACCAAAGUCUCAGCAGUUCUGCUUUGCGUGAAAUUCGUCUGUCUUUGAAGUCCCAUGACUUGACUUUGGUUGUUAAGGAUAUCCUAAAGAGCUGUAACCUUCCACUGGAUUAUGUAAAUGAGGUUCAAUCUGACCUAUCGGACUCAAGCUUUUCUCGACCAAUUAAAUGGCAUCACACAUAUUACACGUAUACUGGAAAGGUGAACCCAGAACAAGCGAUUCGCAAAGCUCCAGGUCAGACUUUAAGAACAUGGCUACGGGUGAAUGCUGAGAGAGCUCGGGAUGGUCAGAGGGCCACUAAGCCUGUAAAGGAAGAGGUAGACAGAGUAUGCAGUGAACUUAAAGAGAAGAUUGGCUUGGCUGAAAUUCGCUGGGCCAGCCCAUGGGGUUUUAGGUUUUUUAGAGGCUGCCUCCGAAGUUUUGAGCAGAUUUACAAAGAACACCCUGAAAGGAUUAAUUCCAUGCUCAGAGGUAGAACGUUGGUGUUUAGUAAUUCAACAGGUUAUUGUCUCCAUGGUGAUGUCUUCCUUAGCAGUGAAGAUGUACCCACAGACUGGAUGAAGUUGAUUGCAUCUGUUCCUGCCUAUGACACAGUAUUAAGCAGAUUGCCUUAUAUGGAGGAUCAGCUGUCAGAGCUACUGAGUAACAUCCAGCUGAUACGACGACGACAUCAGAGAGAACUGGUGACUGCUCCUCAUUACGAGGUCAUGCUCAACAGACUGAUCAACUCACUGCGCAGAGCCCAGGAUAAUGUCACCGCCAAGUUCUUUGCUGAGGAUUUAUCUCAUUUAGAGCUUAUCAUUGACAGUGAAGAAGGUCCCCUGACACUGACUCCCAUGGGCCAGUUCAUUGUGCCAGCCUCACAGCCUGCCAGCCUGGUAAUAGACUUCAUAUCCAGCAACAAAACAGAAGCUGCUUAUAUACUGUCUGCAUUACCAGCGAGUCUUGAAAAGGAAUCAUCAGCAGUGAAUGAAUGUUUGGCUGAGUUGGAGCUGCAGUCUUUACUGAAGGAUGAAAAUAUCACAGCCUUACAGAUGGUGGAUUGUUGUGAACGGCUUCUUGAACAUUAUCUUGAAUUUGGCCAUGGGCUCAGGGAUGCCUGUUUAAAGAUUUCCCAUUACUACUCUGUGUUACAAGAUGGCCAAAUACUGAUUCCAUGGGACUGGAAAUUAGAAUCAGACUUCAGUUGAAAGUGUUACAUGUACAUAGAAAGAGGCUGAUUUGUCAUGUGUUAAACGAUGUAAAAUUUCGUCCAAAGCAGAUGAAUUCUGUAAAGCAAUACCUUUGGUAGUGGAAGUCACUUUUUUCCAAUGGGAUAUAACCCUACCUUCCAGUCAGUAGAACUCUCAGAAUGGGGCAAAUUGUUUAAAUAGGUUAUUUACCAUUUGUUGCUAUGUGAGUGGUGCUUAAUGCCAUAUGCAAAAGUACCCUGAAUGACCUUAAAUUUCAUCCAUGUCUAACUUGCCCAUUCUUACUGAUUCUGCGAGUUCUGUAGAGUUUUAUUGAGAAAGGUGUUUUGAUCUUUGCUUGGAACAUGGGAUGAUAUUGUACUGGAAAUUUGUAAGUUUCAGCACCAAAAGCAAUAUUUUAUGACAUUUAUUUGCCUAUAAAAAAGCACUUUUGUGGCUGAAAUAUUAGGUCAUUUAUGGGAUAUGUUCCUUACAUGACAGGGGUCAGGUUUAUAGGGGAAAGAAAUGAGGCAGACCUCUUAACUUAAAGCUGGACUGGCAUUGUGUGUGCAUGAUUAUUUAUACACAGACAUAAUUGUGGCAAUAAAAUUUUAUUGAUUAUUUGUAAUUAUUAUUUGUAAUAAUUAUUUAUUAUUAUUAUUUGAAACAGAAUAGUGAAGGAAUAUGUAUUUUUACUAGAAUAAAAUAUGGUGACUGGCUUACAAGCUGUUACAUAUAGAUACAUAUUCUCCUGUACAAUUUAGAACGUUGUAUAAUGAAGUGUUGAAAUAAUUUUUGAUAUUUAAUGAACACUUGGUCUGUAAGACUAGGCACAGAAAUCAGCUAUGCAAGCUCCUAUGAACUCAUAUACAUGUAUAUAGAUCAUGUAUCAGCAAAAAUGCUUUUGUUGAUAGACCGCAUCAUACAGUAUACACCCUGCCCCAACCCUGCAAAAAUUAACUCUUCCUUUUAUAAAUUGGUAACACCUGAAAAAUAUCUGUGACCAUGUAUUCAGUUGACUUUGAUAUAUUUAUAUCUAUUUUUUCUUUUUUUUUUUGAGAAAAUUUUUACAACACAUUGAUAAGCGUGAAUUUACUAUGUUCUGUCUUUACAAAGCUCAGUAGUGACAAAUAAAAUGAAAGAUGAUAGGUACAUGUUCUGAUAAUUUUGUAAGUAUUGGGCUGUUACAAACUUUCAGUGAUCUGAGAGACACCUGGAUCAGGGGCCUGUUUUACUAAGGUAUCACAAGAUGAGCCUGGCUGAGGAUCUCAGUAAUGAAGCUCACUUAUUUGUAAACUAUGAAUAUUAAAUCACAUGUUGAUUCCA